AUAUCCAAAGAUGCAUAUAACUGAUACACUCACACUUUAUUAUAAAAAAUCAGCAACUAUAUAUAGGUUUAUGAACAAUGCAUUAGAUAUGGACAUGUCCGAGUUAAAGGAAAUUCCCUAGACAGAAUAGGGAGAAACUCCAUCAUUGAAAAGAAAGGAAAGAAACAGAAUAGAGAAAGUUACAUAUGGGGAAAAUCCCAGAACAUAGAGAAUAACGCACAAAAGUAUAUAUAUGUAUUUUAUAAGAAGAAUAGGAAAAGUGAUGAUAUGAUCUAACCGAAGGUGAAGAUCAUAACAGGACGGUUAAAAUAAGUGGAGCCUGAGAUAGAAUUUAAAGUAUCUGUGAUAAAAAUUUGAUCUCGAUCGGUGUGCAUUUUUUCGAAAAGUCAUAAUGUGACAGGAUUGGAGAGACUAUUCGAAAAACGCAUACUGGCAAAAACACGUUUUGUAGAUAUAUCACUUUUUCCAGGACAGUGCUGCGACACUUACAGCCCUAAAAAGUCAUAAAAUUUUGAAAGAAUUCAUUGCGAAGACGACACUUUCUUCUAUUAGACUAUGUCUAAGAAACAGUUUUGAGUUGGAACUGAAAAUGAAAGCAAAAUUUAUGAAACUAAAAUAUUGAAGUUUUUUAUGCUGUGAAGAAAAAACUUUAUAAACUUACAAGUUUUUGAAGAAAGGUUUGAAAGGGUCUGAGUAGUCUCAUUUUUUAGCUAAAACCAAAAGACUUUUCAAACUAGAGAGCGGCACACCGUUAAUUUCAAGGUAAUGCACACGGUUGUAUGUUUAUAUUUUAUGUUAUUUAGAUCUGAUUUAGUACAACAACAUCUGCAUGGCACUGAAAUAUCUCCUGUUCUACCUCUUCACCUACCUCCUCAAUAUACAGCAAUUGUCAAAUGGAUUCUUAACGAUGUACAGGAUGAUGAUAUUAGAGAAGAGUUGAAAAUGAAUUAUAAAAGCAUUUAUUAUCUCGAAUCAAUGCAUGGCACAAAAUCUGAAUAUACUCGUCAUGUGAAAAUUGAAGUGUUAAAUCGUCGUGAGUAUGAAUCUUUGUUAAACAGUGGUAAAGUGAAUCUGAUGGGUGAUACCUUUGAUAUUUGUCGUAGGUGCGGUGGCGAUCGUACUAACAUUCAAGCACAUAAAAGUUGUAUUGUCAAAUGUCAUCACUGCGGUGGUGAACAUGAAGCAACAAGUUACAAAUGUCCUUUGAUAUCUGAUUUUCGCCGUGAAUUAAUUAGACAGCUGAAAAAUCAUCCGGAAAGACUCCCGCCUCAAGUUCAGUUGUUUAUUCCCUCGGAUUACAGAAAUAAAAAAGACGGAGCACGAACAAUUUUUAGUAGUAGACGAUAUGACGGUGGACCUUAUCAAAAUUCUGUGAAUCAAAAUUACUAUGAUAGAAAUGAUUCUCAAGCUUGGCCGAGUUUAGUUCCAGUAAUAACCACAAAUACCACUUCAGUCUCCACUCAGUCUGAAUUAAAUGAAAAAAUCAAGACCCUGGCUAAAAGGUUAGAAGAUGUGAAAAAAAGUCACGAAGCUGAAAAAGAAAUAAUUGAUUUGAAGUACAAAAAUCAUAUUGCUGCAAUGAAUCAAGCAUGGCUUUUAAUGGAACAGGGACAUGAAAUUCAGUGA